GUUAACAUGAGGCACUAUUUCUUAUACAUUUCUUGCUUUUAACUUUCAAAGUUUUUUUUUUUUGUCUUUUGAGAAGUUCUUUGUUCUGGUAAUCCAAGUUGGGUUUUUUUUGCAUGUAUAAAUUGAUUUUGUUUUUCUUGUUAAUUAGGACUUUUUAAAGACAGAUGAUGCAGUGUUGUUUGUGUUUGGUUCCUAUUGUACUGGUUCUUGGUUGAAUUAUUUUCUCACAACUUUCUGGCUCGAUCUUAUUUUUUCCAAAUAGUUUAUUUUCCUAGAAUAAGCUUGUUUUAGCUUUAUAAUUUCAGUUUGGGGAUCUUCAAUUUCCAAGGAUUUACACUGAAAAUCUAUUGGUGCAGUGCUUUUUUGGUUUUGUUCUUCUUCUUUUUUUGCCAUUUGUCUCUGAAGUAUAUCGAUAGUUCAUGAGCUUAUAGUCCUUUGUGAAUUUUCUGUACAAGUUCUGCAAAAUUUGAUCCAUUAAGGAACUGACCCACUAAACUCAAAGAGCUGAAAUUUUCAGUUGUACUUUGUUCCUUGCUGGUUCCCCACAAGUAUUGAUAAAAAAAAAAUUCUGGUUUUUGCUUGUUAGAUCUGCGAGUUUCUAAAUUGAUCUUAUUUGGUAAUCUCAUAUCAAUGAGAUUUCUAUGGGUAAUUUCGUAUUAAGUAAGAUCUACUUGUAUCUUUGAUCAUUUAAAACCCAUUAUUCUAAGUGAACUUUUCAAGAGGGAAAACAGGAAGGAAAGAAAAAUAAUCCAUCUUUAUCUGAAUAUGUAAAAGGUAGUAGACCCAAUUCCUCCUCCUUUUUCUUUUUUUUUGUUGAGAGUAACACCCAAAAGUCCCUGAAAAAAGAAGACAUGGACCUUGUCUGGAUUCUAGCUUUCUUCUCAUUCUUGGCUGCUUUCUAUGUACUAAAAAGCAAGAUAUCUAAUGUUAAUCUCCCUCCUGGACCUCCCUCCCUGCCUUUUAUUGGGCAUUUUCACAUCCUAAAGUUCCCACUUCAUAGAGCAUUGUCUCAUCUCUCUAAGAAAUAUGGCCCUAUUAUUAGCCUUAGGUUUGGAAUGAAACCUGUUGUGGUUGUCUCCUCACCCAGUCUUGCAAAAGAAUGCUUCACCACAAAUGACAUCGCCUUCGCAUCUAGGCCUAGAACAGCUGUUGGGAAAUACCUUGGCUAUGACUACUUAUCAGUUGUUUGGGCCCCAUAUGGUGAUCACUGGCGAACAUUGCGAAAAAUUCAAACGCUUGGGCUUCUAUCCUCGACGAAAAUUGAGAUGUUUGCGAAUGUUCGUCGAGAACAAGUUGCUGCGCUUUUCCAAAGUCUGCUUGAGUCUUCGGAUGAAGGAGAGGUGGUGAACAUGAAGGAUAAGAUCACUGAGACUAUCUUUAGUGUAAUUAUUAAGAUCGUGGCCAACAGAAGUUAUUAUGGGUGUAGGGUUGAGGAUCAAGAGGCGGCAAAGGAAUUCAGAGAAGUGAUCGAUGAGACAUCUGUGGUGAUGCGGAAGUUGAAUUUGGGUGAUUAUAUUCCAUUCCUUAGGUGGAUUGACCUUCAGGGGAUUACCAGGUUAAUGAAAGUGUUGCAGAGGAAGAGAGAUAGGAUUCUGCAGGGGAUUGUGGAAGAGCAUAAGAAAUCGAGGAGCAGUGGAGGCGGCCAGUUGAAGCCAGAUUUUGUUCACAUGUUGCUUGAUAUGAAAGAGAAGGAUCCCGAGUAUUUCACUGAUGAUUUGAUCAAGAGUACAAUUGUGGUUAUGAUUGCAGCGGGAACAGAGUCCACGGCUGUCACCAUAGAAUGUGCACUGGCUCUCCUCCUCAACCAUCCUGAAGCCCUUCAAAAAGCUCAAACUGAGCUUGACCAACAAGUUGGAAGGGAGCGAUUAGUCGAAGAAUCUGACUUGCCCAAGCUUGAGUACCUUCAAGCCAUUAUCUAUGAGACACUACGCUUACAUCCUCCCGGCCCCAUUCUUGUACCACACGAGUCCGACGCAAAGUGCAACCUAGGUGGCUAUACUGUUCCCAAAGGCACCAUGCUUUUGGUGAAUGCAUGGCACAUACAUAGGGACCCUGACUUGUGGCCCGAGCCUUUGAGUUUCAAACCUGAGAGGUUUAUAGAGAGUGGCAUUGAUGUGAAGGGUCAAGAUUUUCGAGUGAUCCCAUUCGGUUCGGGGAGGAGGAGCUGCCCUGGCAUAGGUUUGGCCUUGAGGUCGGUGGAGUAUGUGCUCGCGAGUUUGUUGCAUGCUUUUGAGUGGAGGAAAGAGGGUACUGAGCUGCUCGAUAUGUUAGAGGGUGUAGGCCUCAAGGCCAUGCCUUUGAAGGCAUUUGCAACUCCUCGUCUCUCGCGUCAGUUGUACCCUAUUGCAUGAUAUACAUGGGGUUGUAUUGGAUUCAUGUAUUUAGACACAUGAGAGAGAGAAAGAGAGAGUAUUGAGAGAGAGUGUCUUUGAGAUGUGUAUGUCAUAUCUAUGAUGUAGCUUAAAUAGAUGCACCAGUUAUCUAUUGGAAAUGUAUGGAUAUGUACUGCCUUGUAUCAUAAGGUAUUGGAAAGGUAUGCAGUAAAUAGCUUUCGUAUUAA